AUGGAGAAGUACAAGCGAGUGAAGGUGCUCGGAAAGGGCUCGUUCGGCCAUGCGGUCCUCGUGACAGUCGCGAAGGAUCCGAGCAAGCAGUAUGUCGUGGUGCAGGUGGACAUGUCGAAGAUGCCUAAAAGCGAGAGGGAGGCCAGCUUGCUUGAGGCGAAGCUCCUCAGCGCGCUGCAUCAUCCCAACAUCGUCACCUGCUACGAGUCCUUCACCGAGCGCGGUAGGCUGUGCAUCGUGAUGGACUACUGCGCCGGCGGCGACUUGUACCAGCGCCUGAAGCGCCAGAAAGGGGUCCUCCUCGCGGAGGAUCGUGUUCUGGACUGGUUCACGCAGAUGUGCCUCGGUUUGAAGCACGUCCACGAUCGCAAGGUGCUGCACAGGGACCUAAAGACCCAGAACGUGUUCAUGACAGCAGAUGGCCGGUGCAAGCUCGGAGACUUUGGCGUGUCCAAGGUGCUCAGCGGCACCACGCAGCUCGCCCAGACCGCGGUGGGCACGCCGUACUACCUCUCCCCGGAAAUAUGCGAGAACAAGGCGUACGAUAACAAGAGCGACAUUUGGAGCCUCGGCUGCGUGCUGUACGAGCUGUGCACGCUGCAGCACCCCUUCGAGGGCGCCAGCCUGAAGCUGCUCAUCGUCAAGAUCCUUCGCGGCAACUACGCGCCGGUGAGCUCGAGGUACAGCCGCGCAAUCAGGGACGUCAUCGCGCAGAUGCUGCAGAGGGACCCCGCGCGCCGACCGAGCGUGAACGAGAUUCUCUCGCGUCAGCCGUUCAAGGACAUGGCCAAGCGCUGGCUCGACGAUGACGUGCACGCGGAUGAGUUCAGUCACACCGUCAUACACCGCAAGCCGGGCUCGCGAAUUGCCAAGAGAAUGACAGAUCCAAACUCAAAAAUCGCCGGCGGCGGCGUGAGGCUCUCGCCGCCGAGGUCGAGGCCCGCGCCGUACCCGUCGGGCGGCGAGGGCGUGCCGACUAGACCGGAUCCGCCGACCAGACCCCUGCCGAGCCGAGGCGGGGGCUUGAUCGCGCCGUCCCGCGAAGGACAAGGACGGGUGAUGACGAGUGACGCGAGAAAACCGAGCGACAAUAAGGUUGCCUUCACGCCCCCCGUGCACCGCGCGGCCGCGGCGCGAGGCGGGGGCGUGCCCAUCUGGGCCGCGCACGCGGCGAAUAUGGCUAGGCCGUACGAGCCGGUUCCCUUACCUUCGCGGCAGAAUCCGCCCACGCACCCCAACUUUGGCCGAGCGCAAUCUGCCGCCGCGGAGGCUGCGAGGGCGCGGCGCGAGGCUGAGGAGAUCAACCGCCGGCGCCGCGAGCAGGCGCUCGAGGAGCGGCGACGUAAGCUUCGGGAGGAAGAGGAGGCCCGCAUGGCGCGACGCAAGAAGGCGGACGAGGCGCGCGCCAGGGAGCGGGAGGAGGCUGAAAAGAGGCGCGCUGCGGAGCGGGAGGAGGCUCGGCGGGAAUUCCUGCGUCGUCAAGCCGAGGCUCGAGCAAACAAACAGCGCGCGCAGGCGGACCUCGGAAACCAACCCGUGGAGGUGGAGGUUCUCGUUCCCAAGCAGCGCGCGGUCGAGUCCGUACGACCGUCGCCGCCGAGGCACUCCGCUCCCGCCGCCGUCGCCGCCCCCGCGGGCCCGCUGGCGACCCCCGCCGCGACAAAGAAGCGACCCUCGCCGCCUCCGAGCGCGGCUCCCUCGCGCCGCCCCGCCGAGAGAGAGACGUCCUGCGCCGCCGCGUCGCAGUCGUCGUCACCGCCCCCGUCGCAGUCGUCGUCACCGCCGAGGAAGAAACCCUCGCCGGAUCGACCGGCGUGGGAGGCGGAGACAAAGACGGGGCCCAAACCCGACGAGGAAAGCCGGAACCCCGUCGGCGGUCGAGUCGCGGGCUUCGUCAAGGUUGGCCAGGUGACGCGGGAGUGCUCCGGCAUCGACGCCAGGCGAAGGGUCUGGGAGGAGAACAAGGCGGCCGCGGAGCGUAACCGCGCCAGGGCGGAGGGUAUCCCGACGCCGGCGCGGCGACUGGGGGGUGAGGAGAACAAGGGUGGGGAGGGGAACAAGGCGGAGAACAAGGACGACGUCCCCGCGCUUCCCCCGCCGAGGUCCUCCGCGGUCUCGAGGACGUCGUCGCCGCCGGCACGAUGCGAGCCGCCCGCCGCGAAAGAACCCGAUCCUCGCAGGAAGGUUUGGGAGGAGAACAAGGCGGCCGCGGAGCGUAACCGCGAGCGCGCGAUGACGGAUGCUGUGACGGCGGUUGAGGGGGUGGACGGAGCGUCGAGCGGCAAUAUGCUCGGGGUGGAGGUUCACGCGGAUGCGAACGGCGCGAGGGUGUUCGUCGACGCCCCCACGAACUGCGUUCUCGGCGCGACGACGUGCGAGCCGACGACGCUCGCCUCGCGACUCGGCGCGCUGGGAGCUCCCGAGGAGGGACGGGGCGGGGGUGACCCGGAGGUUGAUCCGAUGGCCAUCAGGGCGGGAUCCGCGCUGCGCUCGGGGGAGGAUGACGGCGCCGACGACGACGGUGACGACGACGCCGGUGACGACGUCGACAUGACGGAGGUCGAUACCGCGACGGCUUACGCGGCGCCCGAUCGUGACGGUGACGCGGCUUCCUCCGACGCGACCUCCGCGGGAAGGCGCUCAAAGUCUUCAAAGUCUUCAAAGUCUUCAAAGUCUUCCAAGUCUUCAGAGGACGGGGGACUCGACUCGACGUCCUCGCUCGAUCACGACAGCACGUUCGUCGCCCCCGCCAAGUUUUACCUGGACGGGCGGACGGUUAUGCUGCGGGACGUGGACGAGAGGAGCACGCUCCCGGACAGGGUCGAGGCGCUUCGGGUGCACCUGGAGCGAGCUCUGGGCGAGACGAAGUUUGUCCGAGCGUACAGGGCUCUGGACAACCUCAGCGAGUCGGACGACGAGGACAAGGUGGUGAGCUCCCUUUGCGACGUGAUGGGGGAGGAUAUCUCGUACCUGGGAUUGAUCCACCAGCUGCUCGUGUGCGAGGACAGCAUGCACGCGGCGAACGAGGGGGUGGAGGAGUAACUUUUACUUUCAAAGGUGGAGAGGAGUUUGUCAAACUGUAACGCAUGGAAUUUCGCUUUCGUGACACGA